UUAAUUCCCUUCGAAACUUUUUUACAUAUUUCAAUGGUACUAAUGAGCUUAGUUCAAUUUCAGCCUUCCUACAUCUUGGAAACCCUCAUAAUAUGUCGACAAAAGGUCUUUCUAUACGAGACUUACCUUACGACGUUCGUUUCCUCAUCUAUGAAGCCAUCUUGGCUAAUCACCUGUGUGUGAAUCAAAAUCGGCAACCCUCCAAUAACCAUAUUCGUGUCCUUCAUACCUGCAGGCAGAUCUUCUAUGAAGCACGCGCAAUAUUCCAUAAGUAUGUCUCCCUGCGAAACGAUUGGGACGUGGAUCACUACCUCGCUUAUCUGGAUUCCGAGCCCAAAGCUGCGCCCAUAGUCCGUUGGGCCGAUGUUGCCAACGAUGGACGUGUCUCGGAGAGCAUGCAUGGUCAGACUGGCCCAGCCUCCCGGUUGUAUCUUGUAUUAGCAAAGUUCGUAUCGCUCGAGAAAAUACGAGUAUUCAAUGUUCGUCAUUAUCAUCCCCACAUGAUAUCCUUACCAUACCCAAGGUAUCGGUUGAACUUCGAGGGUGCCAUGUUUCCUGCCGCAAAAGGUCCCCAGCCCCUCUUGCAGGCAUACGAACUUCACCUGGAUCCAUCCACAAGGGCGAAUCCUUUCCAAACGAUUCCUUCGAACCACAUUCGUUCGCUGCGUUUAUCAGGAGAUUGUCGUUUCGAGAAAACACCUUUUCCCGCCCUGCGCCAUCUCACCAUUCGGGGCGUCACAAGCAAUGCCUUUGACCAGAUACGCUUCGACACUAGUUUUCCCAACUGUCAACUCGAUUCCUUCAUCCAUGCACAAGGUCAUCGACUUGGUUUCGAAAUCAGAAAUGUUCAUCUGGAAUCCCUCCUCGCGGGGCCCGGGUCAUGCCUUCGUAAACUCGUCCUAUUGGGCAGUAGCCGGCUCUCGAGUGCAACCAUCGCUUCAUGCCUCCGCAGUUUGCCCACGUUAGAGUACUUUGCUCUCUCAUUGGUGACUGUCAACGAGCUGCGUGAAAACUUUAUUCUAGCUCUGGGUCCCUCGCUCCAAGUGCUCAAGUUACAAAUAACUCAUGCGUGGUAUGCUCUACCCCUAUUUGAAGAAGAGCGAGUUAUUUGUGAUACGAUAGAGGAGAGAAUUCUGCUUCGGCACUUGCCCCAUCAAGUGGUGCAUGUCUCAUUUCAUAGUCAGUUAAUGACCGAGCAUGGCCGACAAGAUAGGUGGAGGAACAUUGCCGCUGCACAGCACAUAUCACUAAAGAUAGGACCCUGGGAAGACGAGGAGGAAACAUAAUUUUGGAAGUGGAGCAAGAGAUACCACGUCUAAUAUAUAGUCGUAGAAAUAGAUCAGUCCAUGUAGAGGAAUGUUCGUUAUAGAGGUAUAUCACAAACUUCACACAAACGUUCAUGGGGGAGGAAUACUACAUAUUCCGUAAGAAAUCCACAAAGCAAUGAUGGAAUCAGAGAAU